AUGCCCGCAAUCCGAGAUGUCUGGCUUUCUGUGCUGGAUUGGGUAGGGGUGACUGCCAAUCCUGCCUGGUCCACACUUUGGGGUGACUUCAUUCCGGCUGGCUUCCUAUUCACCUCACUUGGUGUUCGCUCUACUGCCGGCACCAUGCUGUCGCUUCCACAGGCUCACUCGCGCUUCGAGGACAUUAUCAACGUGAUCCUUGCUGGUACUCUUACCUGCAAGAAGGCGCAGGUGCAGGUGGCUAGCCAGCUGCUGACCUUUACCGCAAACUGCACUAUUGUUGACUGUCGUGACCCAUCAUUUCUUGGCUUCACCCAUCCGCUCCUUGUUGGCUGGGACGCGGCUUUGUCUGCAUUAACCGCAUCGCUUUUCAUGCCUUUUCCUGUUGCUCUUCCCUCUCUAGCCGCCACUGCUCCGAGCAUUCCUGUGGAGAAGACCCACAUUGCCGACACCCCAAUGCAAGAAGACUUUAACCUAAUUAAGGUGUCGCGGGACCAGGUUGAGAGCGAGCGUGAGUUCAACACUACUGUUGAGGGGGUGAAGUCUGCCAAGGAGGCGCGAGGCCUUAAAUGUCCCUCGGAGGAGUCCAUGCCUGGACCUUCCCCUCGUGUGUGCGUGGAAGGGGCUCAAGCCUUCCUCGACUACCUCGAUAACAUAGGCGGAAUGUCCAUCUGGCAGUAUUACGCACAGUUUGGCAAACUGUGGGGUAUCACUCAUAUGAGUAGUUCGACCUUUGCCGUGCUGUGUACGUCGUGCAAGGAUGAGAGUUCCUGCAUCGUGAUGCCUCCUGGCAAGGCUUGUCUGUGCUGCUGUAUGAGCAAAAAGGGGUGUUCAUUGAAUACGAACAUGGGCGUGGGGCUUCCUGCGGUGCUUUGCCAGUUUGUUGACCUGCACACCAUGCUAACCACGAUCCAAGGUGGCUUCAACACGUCCGCUAUUCCUCCCGCUGCCCUUGGAGAGAUUGCAGAUCGUGAACGCAUCCGGCUUGCAUGUGACAUGCAGCUGACCUAUGCCUGGUUCCUGGAGCCGGAGUCUUUGGCGAUCAAUACCAAGACCCUGGGUGGGCCCGUUGCAGCGGUGUUGUCUCCUGUCACCUCUGGUAGCACCGAACCCAUCCUUUAG